GUCUCGCGGUGGCAGCUUAGAUCAUCGGUAGAAAAGAAAGGAUUUGCAAAUGGAGGUGGCAAAAAGGAUCAUUCUUUGAACGACAAAAGGUACAUCUGGCCAUGUCUGAAUCUCUGUAUGAGAAGUUUUUGGCCCCGGAGGAGCCUUUCCCUCUCCUUUCCCAAAGAGCCAACCUCAGUGAUGUGGGAACCCUGGAUGUCAGUGACUUCGGCUGUCAACUCUCAUCUUGUCACAGAACAGAUCCUCUACACCGCUUCCACAGUAACAGGUGGAACCUUACUUCCUGUGGGACCAGUGUUGCCAGCUCGGAGUGCAGCGAGGAACUUUUCUCCUCUGUGUCUGUCGGGGAUCAGGACGACUGUUACUCCCUUCUUGAUGACCAAGAACUAACAUCUCUGGACCUGUUUCCAGAGGGCAGUGUUUGCAGUGACGUCUCCUCCUCCAUCAGCACCUAUUGGGACUGGUCUGACAGCGAGUUUGAGUGGCAGUUGCCAGGAAGUGACAUUGCCAGUGGCAGUGAUGUCCUUUCUGACAUCAUCCCGAGUGUGCCAAGUUCACCCUGUCUGUUUUCCAAGAGGAAGCCUAAGCCCCACCCUCACCGCAACUUGGAUGAGUUACCAUGGAGUGCUAUGACCAAUGAUGAACAAGUGGAGUACAUUGAGUACCUGAGUCGGAAGGUCAGCACAGAGAUGGGCCUGAGGGAACAGCUGGACAUCAUCAAGAUCAUCGAUCCCUGUGCUCAAAUCUCUCCCACUGACAGCGAGUUCAUCAUAGAACUCAACUGUCUCACCGACGAGAAACUCAAACAGGUGCGAAACUACAUCAGAGAACACAGCCCCAGGCAGCGGGCCAGCAGCACCAGAGAGAGCUGGAAGAGGAGCAGCCACAGCAGCGCCAGCACCGGCGGUGUCAGUGGAGCCAGCAGCAGCAAUGCCAGCAUGGUCAGCUCUGCCAGCUCCUCCACUGGCUCUACAGCCUCCAACUCUGUAGCAGGUGGCACAGCAUCAGCCUGUAGUGGAAGCAGUGUUGCCAACAUCAGCAGAGCUCACAGUGAUGGCAAUCUUUCCAGUGCUGCAGAACGUAUCCGAGACUCUAAAAAACGUUCGAAGCAGCGCAAGCUUCAGCAGAAAGCCCUCCGGAAGCGGCAGCUCAAAGAACAACGGCAGGCUCGCAAGGAGCGUCUGAGUGGACUGUUUCUGAACGAGGAGGUGCUGUCGCUGCGCGUGACGGAGGAGGACGACCACGGUGACGACCUGGACAUACUGAUGUGACACCAGUGAAUCAAUCAGUGCUCCCUCUAUGCCUGCUCUUUCACCACUCAGCCACUACCAUAAAGCUUGUAGACCAUGCUAAUCCACAUCACUGCAUGCAUUAGCUUUGAGUAGGCUAAUAUGCUCAUAAUGCAUUUUUCUAGAGUACUGUCUGAUAGGCAGUUGUGUUGCUUGCUUGUAGUAGCCUAAAACAUAGCUUGUCAUAUUGCGUGCUAAUACUAGUGUAGUACUGCUAGUUCUGAAACGGAUAGCCGCUGUAAUCACUACUAAGCUAGCUACAGCAAUAAUACUGCUAAUGCUUUGAUUAGAUGCAGACCUCAGUCUAGCUUGCUUAUAGCCAGUGUUAAUGAAACUAGAGGUUCGCAGAGACACGUAAAUAUACACUAUUAAUCAGUUAUUUCAGCUCAAUACAGUUAACUAGAGGAUUGCUGAUAGAUGCUGUAACAGCGUAUAGCCACUGCUACUAAUACAGCCACCACUAGCAGAAGGACAGAUCAGGAAAGAGAAGCUGAGUUUGGCCACAUUAUGCAGAUGCUGCACUGUUUCAAAAAAAACAAGAAAAACAGCAGCAAGUAUAUUUCUUCAUGACAUACAGGAGGAAUUAUAUGCAAGUUGGCAGUAUUUUAGCUAAUUUGGUAGUAGAUUUCACCCAUGUGCCUAGACAUACAUCCAUACUCUACAGGGCUAUAUCUGCAUUGGCCAAACUCUGUUCAUGCAUCUGUAGUUUAGACAGCUGCAGGUCAUGUUACAGCAUGAGUGUAACCUAAAGGCCUACAGUCAAAGUGGCUUGAGCGCAAGGGGUCGCAUUCAUAAGUAAUUUCUCAAAAUGAUUCUUGAAGCCUAAUUCAUAGUUGAAAAUUAAGUUCAGGGGAAAAUAAUUGAUACCUGUUCAAAUUCACACAUUCAACACAUCUGAAAUUCAAAGGCUCCUAAAGUGAAACUGAAGUGAAAGGACGUGAGCUGGUCUGUCUUUUUAUCUGCUGAGUGUUGUCCCAUUUCACACCUAAGGCUUAGAGGGAGCACUGAAACGGUGCUUGUUUAAAUUGUCACCCACACUGAGUCACUGUGGUUCAAUAAUUAACAACUUGCAUUAUUAUUUGCAUACACCGGUUUAAAAAUAGCUUAUGUGUUGUAAAUAAAUGAUAAAUAACAGCAUAUUUACGGCUUGCUUUAAGGUUUUCCUUGGUGAUAUAGGUUUGAUAUAAAGUUUUUUCAUAUAUAUAUAUAUAUAUAUAUAUAUAUAUAUAUAUAUAUAUAUAUAUAUAUAUAUAUAUAUAUAUAUAUAUAUAUAAAAGGUAGUGAACUAAUUGGUUAUCAUAGCAGAAAAAUGCUGUCAGUUGCUACUGUUUUUAAUAGGUUUCCAGUCUUAUUUUGAAGCAUUUAGAUAUUUUGUCACAAGUACUUGAGUUUGGUGGUCGUCUCAGACAUCUUUUGAACUCUGACUUUGUCAAGCCCUCUUUGUUUCUCUGCCAGCACUCCUACUGAAUGUUUUGCCCAACACAGACCAAAUAGUCACAGAUUUUCCAUCAUUUUCUUCUGAGUACAUUUUUGAAUGAUUUGACCACCAUGAUAAGUUUCAGGCAUUUCAGCUUUGGUGAAGUCUUACUGGAGGUUUUUACAGAUCACAUUGUGCCACUCCUUGUUCAGUCAGGCUGCAUGUGGCACUUCAUUGACCUCAUCGUGUUGCUUUGCUACCAACCAUCAUGUUCCAUGCCAACAGCUCUUUACUUGUGGACAAACAAGUUGUAUCCUAGCCUCAAUGCCUUCUGUGCACACAAAAUGUUGUGAUUUCAUAGUGUGAUGUUGAGUCACACCCCUUUUCUAUGGUAUGAAGUAUGAUUCCCAACAUCUCAGCAUAAACCCUAAUCAUGAAUACAAGGGCCUUGGAAGGACAUGUUGAGUUUCAGACUGACAAGUUGGUGUGAUACAACAUCAAACUAUGAAAUCCAACAUCUACUUACAAGGCACUUUUAAGUAUAUGGUCAUAACCCAACAUUUCUGUACCCUAUAUCUUUGUACAGACUCUAUUCACAAGUGCAAGCGGCAGUCAUUAGGUCAGUAGGACACACCCAACAUCUCCUCACACAUUUGUAUGUGUGGUUCAUAGCACCCGACAUCUCUUUAUUGUCCUUACAAUGAGCCAACUUCUCAGUGCAAAGAUGUUUUUUUGACCCAGUACUUCUGUGGAGAACAAUAUUUCCUACAAUACGAGUUCUCUGCUCUUGAGUUCUCUGCGCUUGACACUGACAUGAUCUACAAGAAAAGUCUUGCUAAAUGUGUCUUUAAAAUGUCUGACAAUUUUCUCUUUGAAACCACAAGUCCACAUUUUUUAAAUUUCUUCCUUUUAUUUGAACAUUGGAUUUGCUUAACUGUGUACAUAUAACAUGAAUAGUGCAACAAUUGUCAUUAUCAGGUCUUCAGUGAAAUCAGUUAAAAAUGCUCAAUAACGUAUUUGACAAAGUACAUUCAGAACAGAACUGUAGACAAAUGCAUACGUUUCCUCCUCAGAAACAGGUUAAACAUUGUGCUCAUCCUCAAGGCCUCUGGAGAAGAUAAGAACUACUGUCUGCUGGUUUGGCUCUGGCGCUUAACUUGAGCUGGUUUCUUAAGAAUGUGCAACUAACAUCGAGCCAUUUACUCGGCCUCCAGAAGUGUUCAUUUUCCUCUGUUAAAUUCUGUGUGGCCCACAACAACGUUUUCUAAAAGCACUAGCACCUCAAAAAGACCUUUGUGGAGUUGUAGCUAGGCUGCCAUAUUCAUAUUUGCUAGAAGUAGCAACCUGACAUUUGAGUUUUCUUUUCUCUACCUUGUAUAAGAACACUUUCCCACAGCUGCCCAUCUGUAAUAUGAUGAGCUGGGGCCGUUCAUUGGCUUCAAAGCCUGCUGUCAUUUCUGAUACUUAAUGUGUACUGAGCUUUGCUUCUUGUCUCUGUCUCAUGUAUAAAGUUAUUAAUUACAGCAAUUAUGUUUAAUGCAGCUUUAUGUAUUCUGUAGCUGUGAAUGUGUAAAACUCUAUUUUGGAAAAUAAGAUAAUUUUGAAAAAAAUAAAAAUAGGCCAGUGCGAUGCAACAAAGUUGUUUGUGUAUAUACCAUGUAACUGCAGAAAAUGAAUGAUAUUGAACUGAUUAAAUAAGUGUAAAGAAAGCUAAUGUAAACCUUUUGUAAACUCCCUCAGUGUCAUUGUUAGAAUUAUUUUACAGCCGACAUCUGUUGAGGUGAAACGCCACAGUAACAACAGUGUUUACAUGUAUUAGUUCCUUUCAAACCACCAUGCAGCAGUGUUGCCUGCAGUCAUCCCUCGUGUUAUCACUGGCUGAACCAGAGUUGGUUCUUCAGUCAGGACUGUGUGCAGUCCACUCAAUGGUCCUGAUUCAUUGUAAACUUGACAAAUAAACUUAUAAUGUUGCAUCCUA